GAUGGUGAGCUCUGGGGAAGGACAGUUUGGUGCCACUUUGCAGUUAUCACUCACUGAAUUACUGCCUUACACACCAAAGUGAUUUAAUAAAGACAGCAGAUGUUUCGUCUGCAAUGUCUUGAGACUUCUCAAUCCUUCUCGGCCUACGAUUACACACGUGAGGAACCUGCCCGCCCGCACCACACCUUUCCAUCCUCUGCGUCAGCAAAACUGUGGAGGUGAUGGAUGGUCUGGAGGUCGAGGACAUUAGCCCUGCCCUUGAGGCCACUGAGGACUACCUGCACUGCCUCGAUGACAACCAAGGGGAUGGCCAGGUAUGUUCACAGAAGCUUAAAGAGGGGUCCACCUUGGACAAGCUGAACUCCAGUGGUGUGUGGGGACUGCUGACAGGAAAGCAAUGUGAGAUAUCAGCUGGAAAUAUGGCCUGGGCAGAGCAGACAUCUUUUGAUUUGCUGGGCCUAAGACAUGGAAAAAGGAACCGGGCACGAUCCACCAACGAUUUGGCAGCUCAUGCCAAAGAGACAAACUCCACUACCACCACAUCCAAUGGGGGCUUCAAACGUGGCCACAACCGCUCACGUUCAGACAUCAACAACCGCAGCUACACAGAUAACGGGAUGCCGGCUAUUGACAAAAACACACUCAAGAACAUGGCACUGAAUGACUACAUGGAUGCUCAUAAGGAGAGCAGCCCUAGCCUGGUGAAACAGGGAAUGUUGGAGCAGCGAGAGGGACCUUGGGGACGCUGGAGUGCAUGUCACGUAGAGCUUACACCCUGUGAGCUUCGUAUCUACAGCUUGGACAGCAGCGGUAACCAACAAUUAUGUGCUGCCCUCUCACUGUCUCACUGCCAAGGGGUGAGUGCGCCCCAGGCGCAGGAUGGACGUGUGCUGCAGGCAGUCUUUUUUAACAGCACCCGUGUGCAGUUACGUGCACCCUGCCAGUGGGAGGCACUAGAGUGGCGUAGACUCCUUUGGGAACGCGUCUUGGCCGCACGUCCGGCUCCGUUUAAAGGGGAUCCAGCUCGUGCCACCUCUCCUACCCGGCGUGAACCCGAUCCUAAUGCAACGUUGGUGCCGGUCCAUCGUCCGCUGGUACGUCCCACGAUCCUACCGCUUUUCACCCAGCACUGUGUGGAUGUGCUCAAGGCUGGACUACUGUACCAACUCACCCACCUCAACAACUGGAGGGCCUUCACUUUUGUGCUGAGCCGCACUGAGCUGCAAGCCUUUCCAACGGAGGGCAGAGGCCCUGUGUCAGAGCCUGUGCUGCGCUACCAGCUGGCCUCCUGUCUGGCUGUGCAAUGGGAUGAGGAGGACGGAGGCACCAACUUUCGCUUCCAGGCCGUCUUCCCUGAUAAUGUGCUGCGCUUGCAGGCAGAGAGUGAGCUCAAAGCCCAGGAUUGGGUGGAGGCCCUGCGCACCGCAGUGACAGCUCAGCGACCCAAGAGGGAAGAUAAUCAGUCUGGCACCACGGGAGUGCUGAUGAGGUGUAAGCCAACCAGGGAACGACGACAACGGGAAGCCCAAAGAGCUAAACGCCAGUCUGUCACCACAAGCUUUCUCAGCAUCCUUACCUUCCUGGCUGUAGAAAAGGGACUCACUGCUCAGGGCUUCCGAUGUGCAGGUUGGCCUCGCUCUAUUUGCAAGGGAGAUGUUCUUCCUCUGCUAGAAUUUUUCAUUGUUUUGGCACAUCAGAGGGUUUUUGGCUGA